UGCAGCCUAGGCUGGUCGCGCGCGGGGGCAGCGGAGGUCUUCCUUCACUGCGUUGCACUGCAUUGCAGCCCCCCCCCCGCCCCUGCAGUGUAGCCUCCUUGCGUUGCACCCCCAGGAGCGCGCUCAGGGUAGGAACCGAGUGGAACCGGGGGGGCCCUGCUGCUCUUGUCUCUGUGCUGUCCACACCGCCAACAGGAUGCAGCGGAGAUGAUCGCGGAGCCCAGCAGUGCUAUCGCCGCCAGCCACCAAGAAAAUUCUAUCCAUGAUGAGACUGUUCCUGAGUCUACUGUACAGAACGGCAGCUGUCUGAGAAAUGGCAAUCUGAAAACUCCAAGAGGAAAAAGGAAGGUCCAAGAGCAGUGUGAAAACAUAAGAAGAAAUUCUUCCAGUACCAGAAGAGCAAGCCAGCUGCAGAAUGGCCAAGUGGAAGCAGUUACGUUGUUUGAGGUGGUCAGCAUGGGCAAGCGUGCUAUGCAGUCUGUGGUAGAUGACUGGGUUGAAGCAUAUAAACAAGAUCGAGAUGUGGCACUCCUGGAUCUGAUUAACUUCUUCAUUCAAUGUUCAGGCUGUCAAGGAAUGGUGACAGCUGAGAUGUUCCAAAGUUUACCCAAGAGUGAUGUAAUACAGAAAAUGACAGAGACCUUUGAUGAGGAAACAGGGUUGCAGUACAAGAAAUUCAUGGCAUAUCCUUGGAUUCUGACGGUUACUUGGCCAGUGGACAUGGACAAUGAAGACUAUCCCCUCAUCAAGCCAGGACCCUACUGGAAGAAGUUCAAAGCCAAUUUCUGCGAGUUCACUGCAGUGUUGAUCCAGCAGUGCCAGUGCAGCAUCCUUUAUGAUAGUUACCUAAUGGACACAGUCAUCUCGCUGCUCACAGGGCUAGCAGACUCAAUGGUCAGAGCAUUUAGGCACACCAGCACUUUAGCAGCUUUGAAGCUUCUGACAGCUCUUGUAAGAGUACGUCUGAAUCUUGAUGUCAGUAAACAUAAUACUCAAAGGCUGUAUGAGGUGGAGAAGAAUAGGAUUACUGGCAAGAGGACCAACUGCAGGUUGGAUCAGCUAGAGAGAAAAAGGAAAGAGUGUGAGCAGAAACCCCUGGAAAUACAGAAUAUGAUGAAUGCAAUUUUCAAAGGGACAUUUUUACAACGCUAUCGUGAUGUGAUUCCUGAGAUCCGGGCUAUUUGCAUUGAAGAAAUUGGUAGCUGGAUGAAAAUGUACCCUGAUACAUUCUUAAAUGAUAGUUACUUGAAAUAUAUUGGAUGGAUGCUUUAUGAUAAGCAAGCCGAAGUGCGACUGAAGUGUCUUCUGGGACUUCAGGGAAUUUAUAGCAGAAAAGAGCUUGUUUCCAAAAUGGAUCUCUUUACUAGCAGAUUCAAGGAUCGAAUUGUGUCCAUGACUCUGGACAAGGACCAUGAAGUAGCAGUUCAAGCCAUGAAACUCUUGAUGCUUAUGUCACAGAACUGUGAGGAUGCAUUGUCAUCUGAAGACUGUGAAACCUUAUACCAGUUUGUUUAUACGACACACAGACCACUGGCAGUAGCAGCUGGGGAAUUCCUUUAUAAAAGGCUGCUUAAUAAUCAGGGAGAUGAAGAAGAAUGUCUGCCCAAAAGUAGAGGGAAAUUUGAGCCCAGUGCCAGUCACUUGAGAAUUCUAAUAGCUUUCUUCUUGGAGAGUGAGCUACACAAACAUGUUGCAUACCUUGUAGACAGCCUAUGGGAUUGGGCGGCCAGUCUGUUGAAGGAUUGGGCGUGUAUGACGAGCCUUUUGUUGCAAGAUUCUGAAGAAGACGGAGCACUGAGCGGGGCCCAGGAAAGUGCACUGAUUGAAAUAAUCCUAGUGACUGUUCGAGAAGCUGCUGAAGGUCACCCUCCUGUGGGCAGAGGAGCAGCCAAGAAAAUCCUGUCAGUGAAAGAAAAGAAAAUACAAUUGGAAGAUUGUACCAAAAUUACUGAACACUUUAUUGUGGUUCUUCCUCAGCUCUUGGCAAAGUAUUCAGCAGAUGCUGAAAAAGUGGUAAACCUCUUGCCAAUCCCUCAGUAUUAUGAUUUAGAGGCUUACAGUACUGGACAUCUGGAAAAGCAUUUGGAUGCUUUGCUCAAAGAGGUGAAAGACAUUAUGUGCAAACACUCAGACAUGGAUGUCCUCGAGGCGUGCUCUAGGAUGUAUGACAUCCUCUGCAGUGGAGAUCUGGCCAUUCACAACAGAGUGGAUCUUGCUAGGACUCAACUGAUAGAUGAGUUGGUGGACCAGCUUAACCAGCUGCUGCAUGACUCUUGGCGUGAGGAGGAAGGUCUUUGUACAGGUGAAGAAGGAAUUUCCCGAAUAUGCUCUGCUUUGAGAAGAAUAGCAGCUUUUCAUAAUGCACAUGACCUUGCCAAGUGGAAUCUCCAUGACAAGACUUCAGAGCUGCUGGUUUUUGAAAUGGAGCAUGGAAGUUUACCUGUUCAGAUGAUUCUACCAGCUUUACAGUGCACAUACUUUGCUCUCCUGUGGCAGCUGGUUGCAGUUGGGGAAAGGCCUUCUUCCAAGGAGACUCUCUUGGCAUUGAGAAGGGAGUUAAGGCUUUUCUGCCAGAUCUGCACAUGCUACCUCAGCCAUAAAAACAAGGAUUUAAGUGAAAAGGCCUUCAUGAUACUCUGUGAUUUGCUGCUGAUCUUGAGUCACCAAAAUUCAAGCUCUGAUGAAGCUGUAGGUCUCCUGGAGUAUCUUCCCAGCAUGUCCCUUCAGUCAAAAAUGCUCUUGUUUAUCCAGGAUCAUGUGUUCACAGAGGAGGAGGAAGAAUUCAAAGACUUGACAGAAGAGGAAGAGAGGACGAAGGAAGGCUACAAACUGAACGACUUGCAUAGGAGAAGGAGCCUUCUUGCAGUUUAUUGCAAGCUAAUUGUGUGUAACGUGGUGGAGAUGGUUGCAGCAGCUGAGAUCUAUAAGCAUUAUAUGAAGACUUAUAAUGAUUUUGGAGACAUAAUUAAAGAGACACUGAGUAGGACAAGGCACAAUGAUAAGAUUCAGUGUGCGAAGACACUGGUUCUUUGUCUGCAACAGCUGUUUCAGAAGCACAUCAAUGCUCUUGGCAGUAGCAACAGCAUGGAGUUGUCAUCCACCUCCUUCAUGAACAUUAAGGAGCUUGCUCGUCGCUUCUCACUGACAUUUGGUUGGGACCAGGUGAAAUCCAGGGAAUCAGUAGCUAUGAUACACAAGGAAGGGAUUGAAUUUGCCUUUCAGAAUGCUGCAGUAGAAGGAAAAUGCGUGCCUCCAAAUUUACACUUUCUGGUAAUCAUCAGUGAAUUCUCCAAUAAGCUACUAAAGCCUGACAAAAGACUAGUGUAUGGCUACUUACAGAGAUACAUAACAGAGCCAGGGUUCUGCAAAGGAGAUGAAUGGCACCCCUUGGUUUGGUACAGAAACUCUUUGCUUGCAAAUGAAGAGGAGGAGAGCUCUGUUACUGGCGGUGUAGGAGAGUGGUCAUCCAUGAGCCCAUCUAAGAUAUCUACCUUUAAGAGGAAGUUAUCUAAUGGGUCUUUACUUGAAACCAGCCCUGCUGAGGCAACAAACAAGACUCCAGAUUUCCAGUGUACUUUGCAACUUGCUUCCCCAGCAAGGAAGAGCAGAAAGAGGUUAAAGGCUCAAGAAACUCCUCGCCCAGAAUAUCUGCCAUUCCUGUGUCCAGCGGGACCAAAGAGAAGAUGCAGCCAAGAUAUGAUCAAGACAGAAAACUUCUCAGAAGAUGUAGGUGAAGAUGUUGAUGUGGAUGUGGUUGGCACAGACCAGGUAUCUGUGGAAUUUCCUUCCCUGAAAGUUUCUAAGGGUUGAGGGGGAGCAGGUUGAAGAAACCGAAGCUUAAGAAUACAUUGCCAUUUUUUCUGCCAGUUGGACAUCUGCUAAACUGAAGGACUUAAGAGGCACUGACCUUUAAGGCAACUGGAGGAAUAUCUUGACAUACUUAAAGGCUAAACAGCAAAUAGUACCCUGGCCAAAUUGUCAACUUCAGAUUUGUCCGGCUGGAAGAAAUUACCACUUUGGUAGAUGUCCACACUUCUGACUAUUCUGUAUACCAUGGCUGUUAAAAACCUUGUAGUCAAAUAUUACUGAUUUUCUUGUUCUGCCUCAUUGUCUUGUAAAGAAUGCCAGGCUAAGAAUUGGAGUCAGGUUAGUUUAAAUACUGUGAUUAAAUGAAAAGCCUGUGGGAUAAUACAGUGACAAUAUAACUUCCUAAACUUUUAGGAAUUUUGGAUUAAUAUUUUCUUGGACACACAGCUCUGAGGCCACAAAUUCUAUUCCAAAAUAUUUGUCUUGAAGAGGCAGAAUGCUCACUUACUAUGUAAUGUAUAACGAAGAUACAGUGUAGUUUAGUGGAUAGAGCACUGGGCAGGGUCUCAAAGCUGGGUUCUCUUCCCUGCUCUGUAUCUGGAGCAACUUCACUUUCCUGUGCUAGUUUAGGUUAAGGGACCUUUUUUAUUUUUUUUUUUGCAACUGUGUAUGACACAGGCCAGGCUCCUGGGAAUCUCAUUCAGGUUUCCAGUCCCAAAAACAAGGUAAAUGGACCAGGGACAGGAGCAGGGAUGACUGAUGCCAGGGGAGAAUGUUUAUGUGCAAUAAGAAUCUGCUGUUUCUCCAAUGUGUAAUUUGAAAACACACAGCUGUGCACUGCGGAGUACAAUGUAGAUGUAGACUGUUUAAAAAUGAUGUUUUUAAGAUGAUCUUUUACAUAUUUUAAAUGUAUGUUGAUGCCAUUUUUUCAUCUAUUCAUUUAAGAGGCAAGUACCUUCCAAAAGGCAGUAAGCUGGGGAGGCCUAACUACAGGUCAGUUGCAUCAUAUGCGCAUUUACCUUAUGCGAAUUCAACUAUAUGCGGGGUGGGAGGGUGGGUGGGGCUUGAGUUUGCACGUGGCGCUGCCGCUUACCUGGAGGCCCAUUAUGGUGGUGAUGGCCACUGCCUCCAAAACCUCCUGCUGUCACCAUGGAGCUGUGGCUGGCUGCCGAGUGGCAGUGUGGUGGUGGCCGGGCGGCAAUGCAGCCAUCCCCACCACCACCACCCUGUGCUGUGUUGCGCCGCUGCCCGCACAGCUCUAAGCACGGCUCCGCGUUGGCGGCGGGAGGUUUUGAAGGCAGAGGCAGUCACCGCUGGCAUGGUAAUUUUGAUUAUACGCAAUUUUUGCCUUAUGCGCUGACUUGAACCUAACUCCCGCGUAAGAUGCGACUCCACUGUAAUUACUUCCCCAGUGAUGCGUUGCACUGUAUCCACCUCGCUUAUCAGCUUUGUUAAUUUCAGACUUAUGCUUUUCUCUUGUUUUGGAUUGUUGCUGUACAUAAUAAAGUGUCAAAACUAAA